UAACAAAAUUCACAUUUAUUAUCGUAUUCAAACGCAAUCGUGUCUACACAACGCUUACUAUACAUUAAUAUUGCAUAACUUCCUGUCUAAAAUAAAAUAACAUCGUCGCGGUUUUUUACACGCAAAUGAUAUAUGCGUAAAAAAAGUACACUUUUGUGCAAUCUCAAUUAAAGCAAAAUUCGCCGGUACUUGCGGGCUGUCGUUCAAUAGACGCUUGAGGACAUUUUUGCGAAGAAAAAUGUUAAGAGGCAACGAAAAUCCUGAAAAUGCUAAAAUUGUUACUAAUGUAAUGUGCGACUAUUGCGCUUGGAUUAGUGAGAUUUUGGCCAGAAUCAGCGCCGAGACGCGGAUCAGGAAAAAGAAGAAAAAGCGGGUGGAUCCGGUUGUCGUUGUUCACGGAGGUGCCGGGAGAAUUCCUCGAUAUGCACGGAAAUUUAUGCUCGACGAGGUGAAAAAUGCCGCAGUAGCGGCGUAUCGCGACCUAAUUAAAGGACGCUGCUCGCUGGACGCGGUCGAGCGUGCGAUCUGUCACAUGGAGAGUAAGAAGUAUUUUAAUUGCGGAUACGGAGGUUCCUUGGACGCCAACGGGGAGGUUGUGAUGGACGCUGCGAUAAUGACGAAUGGUCUUCGCGCGGGUUGCGUGGGUGCCGUUCGCAAUAUAGCGCAUCCCAUAACGUUAGGUCCAUGCCUUUUUCAGUAAAACGCUUCUGUUGCAGAAAUUAUACAUUUAUCUGUCUAACGACCCGCUCAAAAGCGCUUGAUACUCUUGCAGCCAAAAUAGUCCUGCAGCAAGCGGGACUUGUGCUGAUAGUCGAAGCUGGAGCGCAAAAAUUCGCCUUGGAGUCAGGUGUUCCCACUUUGUCACCCGGCCAGUUAAUCGUUACGUCCGACUCGAAGACGUCGUUGCACGAAGAAGAGAUUAACGGUAAAGGAUAGACAACGGGGAAAAACGAGCUUUUUUUUUAAGAUUUUAAUCGCAAUACUGAUGAAGAAGCGCAAGAUACAGGAAAGACGCAAGAGCUUCUACAAGACGGGGACAAACCAUCUGUUAAAAAGGAAUGCAUACCGGAGUGUGUGAUCGAAAGAUACGGAGACAAGGAAGAAGGCGCUAUCUUCGAGGUCGCCAGAUUAGACGAGUUCCUGGAGGUCGAACCUGAUUUUAUACAGGUUGGAUGAGUUCGAA